CUGGGUCGGACUCUCGUCGGCCGCCGUCGGGAGGCGGACCCGGAAGACGCUGAGGAGGUGACGGAGACGAGGAGACAGAAAUCUUCCCGAGAUGGAGUUUGACAGCGAGAGAGUGCGGCGGCAGCUGAGCAAGUACAAAUUCAGGGAUCUAACAAUGGAAGAAUUAAUGAAAGUAAAUAUGUUCUAUCCAGAUUUUAGAUUCUCCAUGGACACUUAUGUUUUCAAAGACAGUUCUCAGAAAGAUCUGUUGAAUUUUACUGGCACUAUUCCUGUGAACUAUCAGGGUAAUACAUAUAAUAUCCCAAUUCGCUUGUGGAUUUUGGAUUCUCACCCUUUUGCGCCCCCCAUUUGCUUCUUGAAGCCAACUCCAAACAUGGGAAUCUCAGUGGGAAAACAUGUGGAUGCUCAGGGCAGAAUAUAUCUGCCCUAUCUACAAAAUUGGAGUCAUCCUAAAUCAGUCAUCACUGGGUUAAUCAGCGAAAUGAUUAUCAAGUUUCAGGAGGAGCUUCCUCUGUAUUCCUUAUCGGCUUCUGAUGAGGCUCAACAGGUAGAAUUGCUAGCCUAUAUUUCAAAAAUCACUCAAGGUAUUUCUGACAUAAAUUCAAAAAAUCAAGAAAACAAAAAUGUCAACAAAAUUACUGUAGUUGGAAGUGGAGAGUUGGGAAUUGCUUGUGUAUUGGCAAUUUUAGCAAAGGGUAUUGCAGACAAGGUCGUCCUUAUAGAAUUUUCAGAAGGAACAAAAGGAGGAACAAUGGACAUGGACAUUUUUGAAUUGCAAAAUGUGGAAAUCAGCAAAGACUUGUCUGCCUCUUGGAAUUCCAAAGUGGUGAUCUUCACAGUUAACUCCUUAGGCAAUUCUCAGACCUACCUUGAUGUUGUACAGAAUAAUGUGGACAUGUUCAGGGAGCUGGUUCCAGCCCUAGGACAUUACAGUCCACAGAGCGUCAUACUUGUUGCCUCUCAACCAGUUGAAAUCAUGACAUAUGCAGCAUGGAAACUGAGUGCCUUUCCUGAAAACCGAGUGAUAGGAAUCGGAUGCAAUCUGGAUUCAAAGAGAUUCCAAUAUAUUCUUACAAAUGUUUUGAAAGCACAGAACUCAGGAAAGGAAAUGUGGAUUAUUGGUGAACAAGGGGAAAACAAAGUACCUCUGUGGGCUGGUCAGGAAGAAGCAAUGGCUCCCAACUUCCAGGUACAGUUGUCCAACAGAGCCAUGGAAAUAUUAAAAGUAAAAGGUCAAAGAUCCUGGUCUGUUGGUCUUUCCGUGUCUGACCUAGUGGAUAGUAUCAUAAACAAUAAAAGGAAAGUUCAUUCUGUAUCAAUUUUGGCAAAGGGGUAUUAUAACAUAAACAAUGAAGUAUUUUUAAGCUUGCCUUGCAUCCUUGGAGACAAAGGUGUAUAUGAAGUCAUCAAAGCCACAGCGAAGGAAGAUGUGACUGAGAAACUCCAGAGCAGCGCGUCAUCACUUUAUAAUCUCCAAAGCCAACUGAAACUUUAAAAAGGAUUUUUAGUCUUGUGAUUUCUGGCACUGAAGUAUACAGUUUUAUAAAAGGCAUGGCAAAGGAGGUGGUUUUGAGUUUCUUUUUAUUCAUAUCACUACUUAAUCCUGUCAGUGCUUUUCCCUUUUUAUAGAGAAAGCACAUGCCAUCAUAGUGGCUUUUUUUGAUUAGCACAAUUAUUUGAAUAUACGUUUAAAAAUUUUUUUUUUUUACCGUGGUGACUCCUGUAAGUCUAUGCUUAACUAUGCAUACUAUGCAGUACUAUGGAUACUGCAGUAUGUUUCAUUUUUAAAUAUGUAUCAUAACACAAACAUAAAAUUAGCAUUUGGGAAAUAUUUUGAAAAUGCUUAAGUUAUUUCUUAGUUUAAAACUGAAAUUUAACAAUUUAAGUGUGUCGUUUUUUUAAAAGAUCUUGUAUAACUACAAUUAUUAGAUUUGCACUAAGUUUCUACAUUUGAUUCAAGGAUUAUGCAACUUUUAAUAAUGAUGUGUUUUGCUAAUAAUUGAACAUAGUAUUAGUAAAUUAUUUCAUUCAAAUAUUUAAUAAGCAGCUACAGCUAUGUACAUAGCACUUCAUAUUCUUUUUUUUUUUUUUGCAGAGGCAAUUGGGGUUAAGUGACUUGCCCAGGGUCACAUAGCU